AUUCCUUUAAAAUAUUAAAAUACUAUUAAACUUUUGUGUUUUAAAUAGUUGACCAAUUGCUAGAAUUCAUAUUUGGAAAGUUUCAAAACAUUUACAAAAAUAAUAAAUAACAACAAUUUUUUUUUAAAACCAUUUUCAAAAUGCAACUACUAUCCAGUUGUUUUUUAUCAAUCGUAGACUGAGAUGCUCUACCAAGUUUCCACCUUACUGUUUCUUUCAAUCUCAACUUUUUGGAUUUGAGAUUGAGAAAUCGGAUCCGAAAUCUGGGAGAUCAACCAAUUUUCGAUCCACAGAAAAAGGAGGACAAAACGAAAUCCAAGGAAAUCUUGGUUCUUUUCCAAGUUUUCAAAACUAACAUUAGAUUCAAAUCCAAAUCAAUCCAUCAAUCCCAGAUCAGAAACUUUAGACCAAUGGAGAAAGACAGGCCUUUAAAGCUUGACAACGAGCAAAUCGCCAAGCUUCGGGAGAUAUUCCGAUCAUUUGACCGGAACAACGACGGCAGUCUAACGCAGCUGGAGCUCGGUUCGCUUCUCCGGUCACUCGGCCUAAAGCCGAGUCCGGAUCAGCUCGAGGAGCUGAUCCAAAAGGCUGACACAAACAGCAAUGGCUUGAUUGAAUUCUCUGAAUUUGUCGGCCUGGUUUCGCCGGAGAUUCUCUCCACCAAGUCUCCGUACACGGAGGACCAGCUCCAGCAGCUGUUUAAGAUGUUUGACAGAGACGGAAACGGGUUCAUCACGGCGGCGGAGUUGGCUCACUCCAUGGCCAAGCUUGGGCAUGCUCUUACAGCAGAAGAGCUUACAGGGAUGAUCAAAGAGGCUGAUACUGAUGGAGAUGGAAGAAUCAGUUUUCCUGAGUUCUCUCAGGCUAUUACUUCGGCUGCUUUUGAUAAUUCGUGGGCUUGAGCUUCAAUCAACUUUUCUGAUUUUAAUUUUCUUUAUUUUAUUUCAUUUUUUAAUUUAAGGUAUGUAUGUCUUUGUCUUCUGUUUGUUUAAUUCUUUAGUCAUUCUGCUUGGAUUAUUUUGAGGUUUUUUUUAGUAUGAUUUUGAUUAGGGCUUUGAACUGAGAUUUUGUGAUUUUCAAUUUUAAUGCUUUGGAAGAUUUUUUUUUC